AUGGCGAAAAACUAUGAAGAAUUUCGUACUCACGGAAAAGUGCUGAUUGACUACAUUUGCAACUAUGUCAAGACUAUUGAAAAGCGACCUGCUUUUUACGAAAAUUUGAAGCCAGGAUUUCUAGCACCUCAACUUCCAUCAGACAUGCCGGAAAAUCCAGAAUCGUUUACGAAUGUUCUUCUUGACUUUGAUCAGAAGAUACUUCCAGGAAUGGUCCAUGGAAUACAUCCCGACUUUUUCACUUUCUUUGGUACUGGAAAUGCUUAUCCUUCUGUUAUUGGAGACAUGUUGAGUGGAGCUAUUGCAACUGUUGGUUUUUCUUGGGCGUCAAGCCCUUCUGUAACUGAACUUGAAUAUAUAAUGCUUGAUUGGUAUGCCAAAGCAUUGAAUCUUCCAGAUUUCUUUCUUAGUAUUAAUAGCAACAAGAACAGCAAAGGUGGUGGAGCACUUCAAGCAUCUGCAACUGAUGCAAUGAUGUCAUUCAUGAUUGCGGCAAGAGACCGAGCAAUAAAACAACAAAAGAAUGGUAGGAGAGAUUCUCAUCAACCAGGUCUUGGUGGCAAUGAAGACGCUGCAUACUUACCGAAGCUCGUUUGUUAUGCGUCUGUGAACGCUCAUGGUUGUGUUGAAAAAGUAGCCAAUUUGUGUAUGGUCAAAUAUCGAAGCGUCAAAGUUGAUGCGGAUGACAAAAUGAAAGCAAGCGCGCUUGAAAACGCCAUCAGAGAAGAUUUAGAAAAUGGAUUUAUUCCAUUCUUUGUUGUUGGGACAUCUGGAACCACUGAGCAAGGCGCGUUUGAUGAAUUAGAUAAAAUUGGCGAAGUUUGUUCGAAAUUUCAAGGAAUUUGGUUUCAUGUUGAUGCUUCUUAUGGUGGAAAUUUCUUCAUGCUUCCUUCAAAACGUUACUUAUCUGUUGGAUUAAACUACGCUGAUUCAAUUAACGUUAAUCCAAAUAAACUUUUACUUACUGCUGCAGAUUGCACUUGUGCGUGGGUGAAAGAUGUGCAAGGGUUCGUUGAAGCAUUUGAUGUUGAGGCACUUUAUCUUAAGCAUCAAUACGAGGAAAGUAUUGUUGACUUACGCCAUUGGGGAACGCCUUUAAGCCGCAGAUUCAGAUCAUUGAAAUUAUUUUUCAUGUUCCGUAUGUACGGAUUGGAAGGAUUUCAAGCAUUUUUGAACAAAGUUAUUGACGUCGGAGAACAUUUUGCUACACUCGUAACCAGCGAUUCUCGUUUCAGAGUGAAAAAUGACGCGAAAAAUGGAAUUGUCUGCUUUAGACUUAAUCGAAACGAUCAUGUAAAUGAAUCUCUUUUGAAAAUGAUAAAUGACACAAAGAAAAUUCAUCUUUUGCCAACAAUUUGCAAGAAGAAAAUGUGUCUUAGAUUCGUCGUCAAUCGCGAAUAUUGCAGUGAAGCUCAAGUUAAAAGGGCUUGGUUGUUAAUUUCUCAUUAUGCGACUAAUCUUAGGGAUGAAAUCAAAAGAAGACGUGCACUUUCAAUUGAAGGUCAAGCCGAAGAGAAUGACGAGCUGAAUCAAGAAAAUUCGCUGAAUUUCAAAGAUCGAAUGACGAUUGAAACAAAUGAGAGUGCAGUGAAGAAAUCGAUUCAAGAUGAUGAAACUCCAACAGUCGCUCCCAAAGAUGAAUCUGCUGUCUAAGAGAUGUUCUUAAAAUGAAAUUCAAAUGUUUGUGUCGAUUAAUUUAUUGAUAAUUAAAAUAAAAGGUGGUGGGAUGUUUUAGCUGAGGGAUAAAUGAGAUUUUUAAUUCACUAUCUAAUAUUCAUUGAA